AUGGUCACAACAUCUGAUUUAGAAAAGUUAAACGUGAUUAAUGAAAGAACCGAGAAAGAUGUACAUUACCAUGGUAAUUUCAUACCUCAUUCAAUAAGUUGGAUGUUGCCGCCAGAUAGAAUUGACCACCAUGAACAGAAUUCACUUGUAACAAAGCUCAGGAAUAAGAGGCUACAUUAUCUUUUUGAAAGCCAAAACAAUGAUGAUGUACUGGAUAAUCAUGAGAACGAGAAUGAUCAAGUCAAUGAUAUAACUGACUCAACUUCAUUUGAUUAUCCCACUACUCAGCUAAAACCACAUGAAUUAACAAACAAACUUGAAAUUGAAUUGAUUGAAUCAUCCUUUUUUGGUAAUAAAUCUGAUAAUCACAAUCAAACCGAAUCUUCGAUACAUUUCAAUAGGAACACACAAGGCACCAGCAGUAGUUCAGUCUUGCAAGAUGAUAGUUUUCAGAGUAUUCUUACGUCCAAUCUGAUAUUACCUCAUUCAAGAGGAAUCGAAAACUCAAGUAUAGUUGAUCUGAUCCAAUUGGCACGUGACGCGAGUAGUGUGCCAGUUACCAGACUUUGUUCUUAUUCUCCCAUUGCCAAAUCCAAUCCUCGCAAACAUUCUCUUUUAAACUCACCUACUACAAGUCUCACACGACCCAAUAAAAAGUUCAAAUCUAGAUCUCAGUGUGACCUUGUUUUCCCCAAUAUGGAAUUUAAGAAGGCUGGUUGA